AUGCAAAGGAAGGCGCAUCCAAUACCACCGCCCGGUGGCAACGGCCUCGAGCGGGAGGCUGUCCAGACUGCCUGGAAGGCGAAGGAGCUGCAGCGCGAGGCUGGCAAAGUCGAGGCCAGGGGUGCGGAGCGUUUAGUGCUGGCACAAGAGCGCUACCAAGCCUUCCGUGCCCAGCAGCAGAAGGCGCGAGAGGCUGCGGCUGAAGCGCUGCGCCGCGAUAUCUCCCGCGCCCAGGAGCACCUGUGGAGAACACAGCUGAACACCGAAGAGACUUUGCAAGACCUGGAGACACAGCGCCAGAGUUGGGAGGAGGAGGAGAAAGACUCUAAGGUGGCACGUCAGAAAGCACAGCAACGCGUUUACACCGCCCGCGAGAACGUAGAUGCCUAUGCGGCCCAAGCAGAUGCCGAGGCUGAUGCAGCUGCCCAAGCAGCCGAGCAGGAGGUCGAGACCUCAAAGGCCGCGGCGAAGGCGGCAGUGGCUGCACACCGGGACGAUCGAAGCAGAUUCCAGGACCAAACCAGCAAGGAUUUGGCUGCCAAGAAGGAGCAGGCAGAGUCCUUCGUCGAAGAUGUCAUUGCCAAGACGAAGUCUUGCAUGCGUCAAAUGGAAACCGAACGCCACCAUGCGGCCAUGCACGUGGACCUUGUGGCAGAGAGGCACCAGACCACCAAAACGGAGGCCCAGGCCCGCAUGAAGCUGCAUGAGGAGAAGUCGAAAAAGCAAGUCAAGGAGCUUGAGCACAUGACGCACCAGCUUCGAUUGCGGAGCGAUGAGGCACUGGCCGAGAAAAUGGCAGGGACGCAGCGGGAGCUGACUAGCGCAAAGGCCUUCUGCGCGCAGGUGCAGACAGACAUGGAAGAGGCCAUCCGUAGCACCAAGCUGGCUGCUAUGAAGAUCGAGGCAGAAGCUGCAGCAAACACCUUCGAAGAGCAGCGAAAGCUGCAAGACUUGGAGAACAAUGCUUUGCAAAGCUUCAAAGGAAGCCUUGAAGAAGCACAAGGCGCCUGGGACGAAACAGCUUCGAGGCGUAAAGCCCUGCAGGAGGAGCUCGAUGAGAUCCAUGCCCAGUACCAAAAGCUGCACGACGACACACGAUCCAAGAUGACCUCGAUCAUGGCUCAGUGGAACGAGAGCCGUGAAGCCAUGGAGAAGUCCAUUGCGGACUUCGAGGUAAAGCGAAAGGACGCCUUCGAAGAGCUGGAAGUCGUCAUGCAGAGAACCAAGGAGAAGCAUCAG